AUGGACUUCUACAUUGGAGUGAUGGUCGGGGUGAACAGCCUCCUUCUGUUGUCCGCCGUGUACGACUACGUCAAGUUCAAGAGGAAGGUCACUGACAAGGAGGUCAGGUCCAAGGUGGAGGCCAGGUCCAAGGUGGAGGCCAACUUGGGGACUCCUAAGAUUGAGCCCACCAAGGACGGGACCAAGGCCACCAAGAAAGGGACCAAGGCCACCAAGAACCGGGUGGAGCCCACCAAGAACGGGGUGGAACCCACUAAGAACGGGGUGGAGCCCACCAAGAACGGGGUGGAACCCACUAAGAACGGGGUGGAGCCCACCAAGAACGGGGUGGAACCCACUAAGAACGGGGUGGAGCCCACCAAGAACGGGGUGGAACCCACUAAGAACGGGGUGGAGCCCACCAAGAACCUGAUAAGCCCACCAAGAACGGUGGAACCCACAAGAACGGUGGAACUCCACUCAAGAACGGGUGGAACUCCACUAAGAGCCGGGUGUAAGCUCACCAAGAACCUGGUUAAGCCUUACUCAAGAACGGGUGGAACCCACUGA